AUGACCGAGGUCGAGGUAGCUGUUAAAAAGACGCCGAGCGUUCAGCAGAUUUACGGGAGAAAAUCGACGCGCUCUAAAUCGCCAAAAAAGAGCCGCACGCGUAGCCCCUACAAGCGGGAUGCAUCUCCUAAACGACCAUGGAUCCCAGCACCGGGACGCUCAUCACUCAGAGACUCUCGUGGCGACUUAAAAUGGGACGAAAGCGGAAUGGGCGACGGCCCACAGCAGAAGACGAAAACGAAGGCGCCUGCUUCCAAAAAUGCAACUGGCGAGAAAUCCGCACUCCUCCAAAAAGAGCAAGAGCUCAACAAAACGCUAUCGGAAGAAAUUGUCAAUUUGGCGACUACAGCGAGUAAAGCGGACGCGACUGGAGUAGAAGUACCAGCGGUCGAAGACGACAUUUAUACAGAAGUACAGUCGGACGUUCAUCAAGUGGAAAUCCCCCCAAUUAAAGAAGUCAUCGAACAAGAACCUCCACGAGUAACAGAAAUGUACUCAACUUUUCCUCGCGAGUCUCCCGCUAGCCUCGAGCGCACGUCUCUUCAAAAGCUCCUUGUUCAAGCCGAGCUCGAUCUUAAAACGCUCGAUUUCACGAAUCCCGCCGCAGUAGAUCGUUUCAUGAUGCUCUCGCGUGAUAUUAGAGUAAAAAUGAAUGUGCUCAAAGAAGCGAACUUCGAUGUCCAGAGACUUGAGGAACAACGAGACGCAGUUGUCGAAAGAUUGGUCAAGACUGACUCAGAGACGGCGAUCAUGAAGUCGGAGCUGAAGCAUAAAGAGCAAGAUCUGGCUGGACUCCGUGUUGAUACCGAAAUUGAGCGGGAGAAGGCAGAGAGGCUCAAUGCCAAAGUUGCUCAUCUUGAAGACGUUAAAGCGAAGAUCCAGCGAGAAUUAUUCUCCAGAGAGGGUGAACUCAACCGUUCUCAGGCGCGCGAACGAUCCACGAAAAAAACAACUCUUGGAUACUCAAGCUCUCCUGGAAGCUGA